GGCAGCGGGAGCCAAGCCCGAGCUCAGCCGCAGCCCAAGCGGAGCCCCCGGACCGUUCUGCGCUCCGCUCGGCCCCUUGCCGGCCCACCACCCCUCCGCCCAAUGAAACUGACCGCGAUGAUCAAGAAGAUGUGCCCGAGCAACUCGGAGCUGAGUAUACCGGCCAAGAAUUGCUACCGCCUGGUCAUCCUCGGCUCGUCUAAGGUGGGCAAGACGGCCAUCGUGUCGCGAUUCCUCACGGGCCGCUUCGAGGACGCCUACGCGCCCACGGUCGAGGACUUCCACCGCAAGUUCUACUCCAUCCGCGGCGAGGUCUACCAGCUCGACAUACUGGACACUUCGGGCAACCACCCGUUCCCCGCCAUGCGGCGCCUCUCCAUCCUCACUGGAGACGCCUUCAUUCUUGUGUUCAGCCUGGACAACCGCGACUCCUUCGAGGAGGUGCAGAGGCUCAAGCGGCAGAUCCUCGACACCAAGUCCUGCCUCAAAAACAAAACCAAGGAGAACGUGGACGUGCCCCUGGUCAUCUGCGGCAACAAAGGUGACCGGGACUUCUACCGCGAGGUGGAGCUGCCCGAGAUCGAGCAGCUGGUGGGCGACGACCCCCAGCGCUGCGCCUACUUCGAGAUCUCGGCCAAAAAGAACAGCAGCCUGGACCAGAUGUUCCGGGCGCUCUUUGCCAUGGCCAAGCUGCCCAGCGAGAUGAGCCCGGACCUGCACCGCAAGGUGUCGGUGCAGGACUGCGAGGUGCUGCACAAGAAGGCGCUGCGGCGCGGGAAGCUGCUGCCGGCCGGCGGCCACCCGGGGGACGCCUUGGGCAUCGUGGCGCCCUUCGCGCGCAGGCCCAGCGUGCACAGCGACCUCCGGUACGUCCGGGAGAAGGCCAGAGGCGGCGGCCAGGCCAGGGACAAGGAGCGCUGCGUGAUCAGCUAGGCUCCCCGCCCCCGCGCCGGCGACCGCCGCGUUGUUUAAACGUCAAAUCUAAGUCCCGGCCAGCCCCGUGCGCCCUGGGCCACGGGCGCGAGUGCCCUGCGUCUUCCCUCCCCAGGCCCGCGGCCCCACCGGCUGGGGAGGCGAAAACAGCUGAGGGCGGGUCAUCUGCUCUGGAAGACCCGGGUAAUAGUGGGACUUCCCCCACCGCUGACUGCCCAUUGGCGCCCGCCACCCCCACGACCUGGGGGGCACAGGCCCAGCAGAGGGCGAAUUCGCAGGGUUCCUCAGAGACGUGAGAACUGGGAGGUGGGUGUGUGGGAGUUCAUUAGCCACUGUUAGGCUUCCAGAAGCCCGUCCUGCCGGCUGGAGGGUUAAGUAACUACCGGCAUGAACUUGACUGGGAUUCUGGGUUGCCAUGACAGCCGGCAAAAACCAGCUAAGGGGUGCGGGUGAAAUCAGCCAAGUGGUUUGUUUACCUGUGUGUGUGAAACUGCACAAAGGAAAACACAAAACAAAACUUGCACUUUAAUAGUAGUUCUGGCGUCGUCAUGAACAUGAACAAAGUCUUAUUCAGGUGUUUAUACUGUAAAACAGUCUUUAGUUACUAUUGUUAUUUGUUAUUUUAAUAUAAAAUAAUUUAAAAUGAA